AUGCCUUCUAAGCACUUUUUGGUCAAGGAUUUUCUUAACUUGCACUUCGCGGAGGUGUGUUGCCUGCAAGAAUCUAAACUUGCAGAGGUCUCCAAUGCUACCUGGCGGGAAAUCGGGGGUAGUAGACUGGAUCAAUUUGUCUUUGUUCCCGCGAAUGGGACUCCAGGUGGAAUCAUUGUAGGGUGGAACGGGGCUCUCUUGGUGGGUACGCUUGAAAGGGUGGGGAUUUACAGCGUUACUGUAAAAAAAAUUUCCAUCAAGGGUAACUUUAUCUGGCGAUGUACUUCGGUUUAUGAACCAAACGCCAGAUCUCAGAAGCAAUCGUUCUGGGAGGAGCUUAAUAGUUGUGGUGGUGAUCCACUGAUCCCCUGGGUGAUUUGUGGGGACUUCAAUGCUAUCUUCUCGGCUGAGGAUAAACCAUCGGGUGUGCUAAACCAGGAGGAUUUGCGGAGGGGAAAUUGUUUCGUGCACAACUUGGGACUGUUUGAACCUCCCUCGAUGGAGAGAAGAUUCUCCUGGACUAAUGGACAGGAGGAGCCGAUUUGGGUUAAGUUGGAUCGUUUCUUGGUGAACGGUGCGUGGGCCGAUCGCUUUCCUAGACUGACUCAAAAUAACCUCCCUAGGCUUGGCUCGGAUCAUGUUCCAAUCAGACUGGAAGGCGGCCUUCAUUGUUCUAUCCCUAGACCUUUUAGAUUUGAGUUGGUCUGGACUUCGGCUAAGGGGUUCCAUGAGCGGGUUCGCCAAUGGUGGAUUACUCCAGUCCUUAACGGCUGUGGUGCAUUUAUUCAGUACAAAAAGCUUUCUAUGUUGAGGGAGUGCUUGCGUAAAUGGGCCAAAUAUGAGUCUGGUUCCAUCAAGCUCAAAAAGUUGGCCUUGCUACACGAUUUAGAUGCGCUUGAUGUUAGGAAGGAAGAAAGGUGCCUUACUCUUGACGAAUUUCAGCUUGAGCAAAAUCUGCUAUCUUCGUUAGCUGUCAUACAUAAGCAGGAAGAAAUCUAUUGGAAACAAAGAGCCAGACUGCAAUGGCUUAAAGAGGGGGACGGGAACACGAAGUUCUUCCAUGCGGUGGAAAAUGGGAAGAGGAACAGGAAUUUCAUCCCACGGAUUUUACAUGAAGGACAGACUACUGAGGACCCUCAUGCUAUUGGCAAGGCCUUCAGCUCACGCUUUAAACAACAGUUUGGUCGUAAGCGUGAAACAAGGUUGAGGGUGGAUUUUAGGAAGUUGUUGGCGCACAAAUCGGAUGUUGACUUGUCUGCCCUGGAGAGGCCUUUCGCUUUGGAUGAGGUUAAGAGCGCUGUUUUUGAGCUCGGGAAGAUAAGGCCCCGGGCCCAGAUGCUCUGCGAGGACUUCUACUCGGGACGUGCCAAUUUGGAAAGGAUUAACUGGGCUAAUAUUGCGCUUAUACCAAAAGUGGAUUCCCCUGAAUCGACAGGAGAUUACCGACCGAUUAGCUUGAUCAACUCCACCUUGAAAAUUAUAUCCAAGUUGCUGGCGAACAGACUUAGAGGAGUCAUUAAAGCACUAGUUGACACGACCCAGUCCGCAUUCUUGAAGGGCAGAUGUAUCAUAGACAAGAUUGCCAUGGCGGAGGAGCUGAUUUUUAGUAUUCAUAGCGCGAACAUUCUUGUUAAUGGUGCACCAAAUGGUUACAUUAGAUAUCAGAGAGGGCUGAGGCAAGAGGACCCUUUAUCACCACUGCUUUUUGUCCUGGUCUCUGAUGUGCUCAGCUCCAUGUUCACUCAUGCACUGAAUUCCAAGAUCCUGGUCGGUGUGCCGCUGGGGAAUUUUCAGAGUCAUUGUAAUCUCCACUACGCGGAUGAUCUUCUUGUCCUUACCACAAGGGGGUUGGAGGACCUCAGGAUCGUGAAGCUAAUCCUUUUGAUUUUUGCUCGUAUGACGGGCCUUGAAGCAAACUUCUCUAAAACCUGUCUUUCCUCGACUAGGAUGGGGGUUCUACCGAUGGCUUCUGCGGCAGCUACUCUUAACUGCUCUACGGGUCUUCUUCCUGUAAUUUAUCUGGGGUUGCCUAAGUGGGUGAUUAAAGCAUUAGAUCGUAUCAGAAGAGAUUUCUUAUGGUCUGGCCCAGAUAUUGAUCAUCCGAGUUGUAGGCUGGUGAGGUGGAAACACAUUUGUCGCUCCCGGGAUCAAGGUGGUUGGGGCAUCCUAGACCUGGAUAACUUCAACGAGGCACUAUUAGGUAAAUGGUGGUGGAAGUUCGCGACUAAUUCUAAUUGGAUUGGCUCGGAGGUGAUUCUCUUCAAUUAUGGUGAACCAAGUUGGAACAUGUUUCCUAGACAGUCCGGCAGAAUUUCCUUCUUUUGGAAGGUGAUCUCCAGAUGUCUUCCACCUCUUAGAGGAUGUAUCUCUUUUGAUAUCAACUCUGGCAAGGAGACCCUCUUCUGGAAGGACAAUUGGCUAAAUGGUUGGGAUCUUAUAUUGGUGUGGCCGGACAUUUACUUUGCGACGCACCAGCAAAAUGGUUCGGUGUGGGAUCUGAGGUUGUUGCUGACUGAGCCGCCUUUCUCUGUGGAGCCUGAGAUGUGUGUAAUCCGUGAUAGGCUACAAAGAUCCAAGCCGGAUGUCAAGGACACUAAGCAGUGGAAGCUGACGAGAAAUGGAGCUUACUCGGUUAACUCCUUUUACAGAUUUCUUAAUGAUGGUGGGCUGCGUUGUCCUAUCUCAAAAUUUUUUUGGAAAAAUAACUGGCCGAGAAAGAUCAACAUUUUCAAUUGGCUGGCCUGGAAUAACAAGAUACUAACUCUGGAUAAUCUUGCACAAAGAGGUUGCAAUAAGCUGCUCCCUACUGCAACUUGCGUUAUGUGCCAUUCUGAUAUCGAGUCGGUUGACCACUUGUUCUUGCACUAUGCUUUUGCUCGUGCCCUGUGGGAAUACUUUGGUAGACUUUUUAAUAUACUGGAACCUCCAAGGACCUUAUGUCAAAUUUGGUGUUCAUGGAGGUUGGAGUUGAGACCUUCUAGUCGGGGCCUAACUGACCUGGUUGUUAAAGCUUUAUUGUGGAAUAUCUGGAUUGCUCGGAAUGAUUGCAUAUUUAAUUCUCACUGCUUGCCUGUGCAUGCUUUGUACUUGAAGGUUAAUCGUAUGCUCCUUUCGUGGUUUGAUGUUCUUACAGAGCGAUGCAAAGCAAAAGUCGGAGUAGCCCAUGGCAGUCGUUCGACGUAG